AUGCUUUAUUCAGUUUUAAAACUCCUAAUAUACAAAUAUAUAUUAAAUAUAAAUUUUAGGAUUUUACAAAAAUUACCAUAUGAAACAAAAACAUUAAAUUUAAUAUUUUGUAAACACACUAAUAAAGCUAAUCAGUAUAUUUUUAUAAACCCUGUGAAAUAUAAUAUACAAAAAAAAGUUACAAAAGGCAUUUGCCCUUCAAAUAUUAUGUAUGCAAUAGCAGAAAACAAUCAUAGAGAUUUAAUUAAUAACCUAAAAAGAAGAGGAAUAAUUGACGAUGAUGAUGUAUAUGAUACUAUGCUACAGGUGGACCGAGGGCGAUAUAUAAAAGAGAGCCCUUAUGUAGACACUCCAAUUUACAUUAGCCAUGGUGUGACUAUCUCUUCUCCACACAUGCAUGCCCUAUCCUUAAAGCGGCUCAUGAAUGUGUUGAAGCCUGGGUCGAGGGCAAUUGAUGUUGGGUCGGGAUCAGGAUACCUCACGGUAUGCAUGGCAAUACGAGUAAACGUUUUAGAAAAUAAAAAUUCGUUUGUUAUUGGAAUAGAAAGAGUGAAAGAUUUAGUGAACUUUUCAAUUGAUAAUAUAAAAAGAGAUAAACCCGAAUUAUUAAAUAUAGAAAAUUUUAAAAUUAUUCAUAAAAAUAUAUAUCAAGUUAGUGAAGAAGAACAAAAAGAAUUAGGAUUAUUUGAUGCUAUUCAUGUAGGGGCAUCAGCUAGCGAACUUCCUGAUGUGUUAAUAAAUUUAUUGGCAGAAAAUGGAAAACUAAUUAUACCUUUAGAAGAAGGACGCACACAGGUUUUAUAUGAAAUUACUAAAAAAAAUGGAAAAAUUAUUAAAGAUAGAUUAUUUGAAGUUUGUUUUGUUACUUUAAAGAAAAAUUAA